UCUUUCACAGACAUUCAGAUCUUAGUCACUAGAUCUAUAUCUAGAGUCUAGCUACAUGUAGACUUGCAUAAAAUUAAGACGUACCAUGUCUAUUUUAAUUGGUUUAGUUGACCAAGAAGUAUCACUUGACGACAAUUAUGCUUGGGAAAACAGUAAAAUAGGAGGAUUGCCUAAAUGGAUGAGCUCAGAAUAUGUCAAAGUGGAAUGCAAUUUGUGUGGACAGUCCAUGUCUCUAGUGACUCAGAUUUAUUGCCCCUUGAAUGCCUCGCCAUAUCACAGAUGCCUCUAUGUUUUCCUGUGCUUUAGAAAAGACUGUAGUAAACAGCAGAAAGGUUGGCAAGUGUUCAGGUCCCAGCUCUACGACAGCAGUUAUGAAAUGAAUCCAACCAAUACAAUUAAGAAGACGCAUUCUGAUCUGCCGAAAGACACCUGGACAGAUGACCAAGAGGACUGGGGGGAUGACACUGAAGAUGGCAUUAAUUUUAUUCACAAGUCUAGUAAAUUGCCUGAGGCUGACCUAUGUAAAACAUUUUCAGACAGCUUGAGUUGUAAAGAUGACUAUGUUAAUAAAAAACGUGUUUUGGGACCAGACCAUCAUAAGACUCAUUGUUCAUUUGUGAUAAGGCGAUCAGCUCAUUCUAAAGGUGAAACAAGCCCACCAGCAACUGAAAGUACAUUUUCAGAUGAUAUCUUGAAGGAAGGUGUUCUAGGUGAAUCUAAUAUUUUGAUGGAAGAAAUGGAUUUACCAGACUCCAACAGACUAAUGGCUAUGGCAGAGUUUCUAAACACCAAUGAUGAAAUGGUUUCUGAGUCAGCACCACCUGGUGGGCUAAGUGUUUUCAAGUCCUAUUAUUUGUCUGUCAUAGAGGAGCCGCCAGAGGUUACAAGUGUAGAUGUUCAUGUGGAGGACCUUAUCAGGAAAUAUGAACAAGACGAAGGGAAACAACUAGAUGAACUUUUCAAGGAAAGCUGUACACCAGGACAACCCAAACAUGGAGAGCAUUAUGAAAAGACAGAGCUGAAACAUGGCGACAAAAUGUUUCACAAAUUUUUGAAGCGAUUGCAACGAUGUCCAGAACAGUGCAUUCGAUAUGACAGGAAUGGAGACCCAUUGUUGGUCAGUAUUAUGGACUCCAGUCUGACCAUUCCUAAUUGUCCAUAUUGUGGCUGUCAGAGGAUAUUUGAACUACAAUUGCUGCCCUCUCUCAUUCCUUGGUUAAAGACAGAGAAUGGAAGUGAUGUUGAGAUCGACUAUGGUACAGUGAUGAUAUACACCUGUCUGAACAACUGCUGGCCUCCGUCCUCUGAUCCUAACAGUACACUUACUGUCAUGGAAGAGUUUAUCAUGGUUCAAACUGACCCAGACCAUCAGUUCUUUAGAUAAUGUUUUCAUACCCUGUCUUUGGAUGUAUAUAUGCAUUGGUAAUAUGUAGAUCUAGAUGUUUGCGAAAUAUUUAAAAUACAUUACUUUAUGAUUUGGAUUGAAAUUAAAAAUAUUCUAGAAAAAA